AGAGAGAGAGAGAGAGAGAGGGGACAGAAGGGCAGAAAGCUGCAGAGUGUUACAUAAAAGUGCCACAGUCAAGGAUAGAUAGAGUGUGUUUUUUUCUUUGAAACUUUUAGCUUUCUCUAAAACGCUGAAGUGAUGGACCAAGUAAAAGUGCAACUGUUCUUGCUGAUCUUCCUGACAUUGGGCAUAAAAGAACCAAUGGUUGAGGGAUGUAGCUGUAUACAUGCACAUUUUCAAGAUCUUUUUUGCCAUUCUCAAAUAGUGAUCCGUGCUAAGAUAAUUGGACAGAAGAUUAUAUCUCCGAGCUACAGCUUAUAUGGGGAAAAGAUGAUUGAGUACAAAAUUAAAUUGAUCAAGAUGUUCAAGGGCUUUGACAAAGUUGACAGUAUUCAGUAUAUCUACACCUCAAUCCAGGAAUCUUUGUGCGGUGUUAAGCUGGAUGCCAAAAACAAGGGUCAAUAUUUGCUUUCAGGAUAUUUGUGGCGUGAUGGAAAAGUCGUAGUUGAACUAUGUGGCAUCACUGAGCGUUGGGAUAAUCUCUUGUUCGCUCAGAGAAAGAACCUCAAAUACCGAUACCAAAAAGGAUGCGAGUGCAAAAUUUCCACCUGUUCCAAACCCCGCUGCCGUGCCAUUUCUCCAAACGAAUGUGUAUGGUUUCCGUUCAGCGAACAAACUCUUCAGGGUGUGUGCAUCAAACGAACCAAUGGCACAUGCAACUGGUACAUGGACAAGUCUGACUCACAUACACAGCACAAUGUUGGACAAAAUGGUAUGGCAGAGAUGUCUGGCAUCCUAGAGGUCAGAGAAAAACCCACAGAAACACUGCAAUGAGUGUUGACUUCACACAAAUUAGGUUUGCCCAAAUGUGACACUGUCUCUGCAUUCAAGUACAAUAUGAUAAUUAAGGCAACUGAAAUUUCAUAAAUGACCCUUUAAAACUCCAAGUCAACAUAAGUUUAAACUUCAGGAGCAGAUAACAGGAGAACUUAACCUUAAGGUAUUGCAAUCUAAGCAGUUUCCUUACCUGUUUAUAGGUGACAGCGGGAAAAAUCGAAUACUUCAGUUUUCAAAAAUAUACCUUUAUUCUGUAAGCUAGUUAUUAAGCUAACUAAUAUAUUAAUUGUAAAUGGCUAGAAGUCAGUGUGUAUAUAAUACAAAGAAAAUAAUCUGUGUGGAAAAAAAAAAUCAUUCAUUUUUCUUGAUAUCUAGCACACUUCUGUCAAAAAAAAGUUGCCUGUUACACAAUCCUCAUGCGAUGACGUAUAAGAUGUAUGAACUUUAUUUGAACACAAGGCAUUUAUUUGAACACAAUACAUAUGCGCCAACCUGGCCAAUCGAAAUCAAAAGUUGCACUAUUGGAUUUGAACCAUUUUGCAAAGUAUCUACACUAAUGCUAAUUUCUACUUACACACAGUAAGAUACAGAAUUACCACAUCCUUCUACAGAAAGGAAAAAAAAAAGCCUUUUCCAUAGAAAUAACUUACUAGCAUACUACUACAAACUAUUACAAAACUACUAAAAUACUUAUUAGUAUUUAUUCUCAUAUACUUUUUUUUUUAAACUCAGUGCUGUUAUUCCUUUCAGGAAAGGCUUCACAAUAUAUUCAUUUGUGAGAGUGUUGAUCAUUUUGCAACCAGUAUUUUCCAAAAAUAAUUUUUGGCAAAAAAUUUGGUGUUAAUACAUGAAUAAAUAUAUACAUCCAUGUGUAUACAAACACUCAUCUGUGUGUAGAAAAUACUUAUUGCAGGUGUGGUAUGUGUUGUUCAUUUCAUAUAUUCAGAUUUGCUCAUUUUCAUUAAGAGUGUCAAUCAUUCACGCAUCCAGAUUAUAGUCAAUGAAAUAUUUCAUCUAUAUUGAAUAUUUGUUUCAGCUAUUACAUAGGGAAUAUGUCUGCAUAUUUAUAAAGGCUUUUGUCAUUUCGUAAUGUUGUGUGAAUUUGUGCUGUGGCAUUUGUGUUUGAACGCUUAUACUGUACAAUUUAAGUGUGUGGAAUACCAGUCUUACUUCUAAUUCAUUAAAGCUCAGAUUGUCUGAUUUUACUAAAACUAAAACACUUACUACAAUUACAAUAUAAAUAUUUUUUAAUGUAAGUGUUGAUACAGAGUUUUAAACUUUCAAAUCAAUCAAUCAAUCAAUCAAUCAAUCAAUCAAUCAAUCAAUCAAUCAAUCAAUCAAUCAAUCAAUCAAUCAAGCAAAGAAACAAGCAAACUAACUAACUAAGUAACUAAAAACAAAGAAACAAACAAACAAACAAACAAGCAAACAAACAAAAAAAAACUUGUUUUUCAACUCCCCAGUUCCUGGUAGGACUUUGUCUCUGUGCACCCCUUUAGAUGUCUAUUGCACAGUAUACAUAUUACCUGUGUUACUACAGUACUGAUAUAUCUACAUGUAUUUUUUAUGUCUCACUGUAGAAAAAAGAAAUACUGUAUAUUCUAUUUUACUGUGCCAAGAAUGUUCAGUAUCGCAUUAAAAACUCAGCGUGAA